CGAACUACAACACUCUAAAGAGAGAGAUUGUUGCUCAGCCGCGUUGCUUAUCAACCUCAUCAACCCUCAAAGCUGUAUUUGCACCUGUAGACAAUGUCGUCAGCCGGUGGAUUCGUGCCUAAAAAGCUGCUCAUAGUGGGAGCCACUGGAUUGGUGGGAAGUCGUAUCACGGACGCCAUUGUGAAGAACCGAGAUAGCUUUGAGCGGGUUGCGAUCUUCACGUCGCCAAGCACAGCCCAGAGCAAAGCAGAGGUGAUUGAGAGGCUGAAAAAGGAGGGGGUGGCGAUCAUUGAAGGCGACGUGACCAAGACGGAGGAUAUCCAGCGCGCAUUUCAAGAUGUCGACACCGUCAUCUCGGCAGUCGGCCGAAACGCCAUCGAGAGCCAGAUUGAGAUGGUUCGAAUUGCAGAUGAGAGCCCUAGCGUCCGCAGAUUCUUCCCAUCCGAGUAUGGCACCGAUAUUGAACAUGGGCCUGGUUCUGCCGUCGAAAAACCUCACCAGAAGAAACUCCAAGUUCGUGCUGCGAUCAGAGGUUGCAAGAACCUCGAGCAUACAUACGUGGUGUCGGGGCCGUACGCGGAUGGGGAGCCUGGAUUGUAUUUUGGAGCAAGUCCGUUCAAGGAGGCUGGCAACUUCGAUGUCAAGAACAAGGAAGCAACGUUGAUUGAAGAUGGGCAAUUGAAGAUCAGUUUCACGACCAUGAAAGACGUCGGAAAGCUAGUGGUACUUGCGUUGAAGCACCCUGAUGCUAGCAAGAAUCGAGCGCUCAGAGUCAAUUCGUUUACUACAUGCGACAAGGAGAUUCUGGGCGAGUUUGAAAAGCAGACAGGAGGUCAAGCCUGGAAGGUGACAUAUACCAGCCUGGACAAGUUGAAGCAGCUGGAGCAGGAAGCAUGGAACAAUGGAGUACCGUACGCAACAGUCUUUACUCUACGGCGCAUUUGGGCAGAGGGAGGAACACUAUACGAAGCGCGUGACAAUCACUUGAUUGAAGCUGACGAAGGGAUGGAAACGUUGGCGGACGCGGUGGCAGAGGCGAUUCGAGUUCAAACAGCAGCAUCUUAG